UAAACCCUUACAAAGAGGCAAUUAAUCACACUUUGUUGAAAUACAUCAUUCAUUAUUUUAUACGUGUUAACUAAGUUAUUAGACAUUGCUUUUCGUGCUCAUCAACGAAGGAUGCUUUCAUUUGUCAACAUAAUUGUCAUUCUUGGCCUACUGACGCCUAAUUUAUCCAAUGCCUACAAGACCAGCUUUUAUACAUCAAGCGAGUUCGGCAUUGAGGGCAAAUCAGCAAUCAAAGAUUGCUCAGCAAUACUUGAGUCAAUUGGUGAAACUGCAUCAGUAGAUCGUUUGGAAUGUUUACUGAGUAAUGAAUUCAGCUUGCCUCGACAUCACACAGUUAAUCCACAAAACAAGGAAAAAACUCGUUCAUUUCUAUUGAAUUCAAUGAAACAAUAUGCAGAUGAAGUUGCUGUUCAAUCAUUUGAUCAACCAGGUGAAGUCGAUGUCAAAGGUAUCAAUAUCAUUGCUACCAUUGCUGGUACCAAAAGAAACACCAGUGAUGAUAAUCUGGUUCUGAUUGGAGCUCAUUAUGAUACAUUUUUGACUCCAAAUGAUGUAACUGCUGGAAUAGACGACAAUGGCUCAGGCUUAGCCGUGCUUCUUGAAGUUUUACGUCUAGUGUCAACCAAAUAUCGAGCGAACUCGAUUAAACCAACAAACUCAAUCAUGUUUGUUGCCUUUGAUUUUGAAGAGUAUGGUUAUGUUGGAAGUCAACUUUUUGUCAAUAAUUAUCUGAUUCCAUAUGAAUUGGCCGGCAAGAAAUCUGCAUCAUUUCAAGGAGCGUUCAUUAUGGAUACAAUUAUGAAUUACAAUACAACAAAAGGAUCACAAUUACUGCCUGAUCUAGUUGAACUUAUUGCUCCAGAAAUUGAAAAUUGGGUUAACAAUGUUAAUGAAAAGAUGGGCGAUUUUCUGGCUCUUAUUUCGCGAGAAACCUUGGACACUUCAUUGACCAAUGCAUUUGUAACUCAUUGGAAAUCGAUUGAACCAGAUAAUUCAUUCAAAAUGUUACCGGUAAACUUUCCAGUUGAAUAUGAAGCAUACGCUGGUGAACUUCUCAGAAGUGAUCAUGCUUCUUUCUGGUACCAUGAUUUCACCAAAUAUAAAAAACAACUUCCAGCUGUUUUCUUGACUGAUACAGGCAACUAUCGAGGAGUUAUGAUUGACUGUUACCAUAAGGCAUGUGACGAUUCCAGGUUAAUAACCAAGGAAAAUUUAUCGUGGCUUCAACAAAUUGCUAAUACUUUAUUUAAAUCAAUCGUUUCUCUUGCUAAUUAAAAAAUUAAAUUUUUAAAACUUGA